AUGGCCCUGGAUACACAGCCCAAGGUUUGCCUGGAUGUGGCAGUCGACCACCGGAUCAGGCGGCUUUUCAAGCCUGUCUCUGAUGACCUGACAGAGCCUUCCAAUCAUGUCUCCCGUCUCGAAAGACGAGGGUGGGCGCUGAAGCGAAAGAACGACGAGAUUCAAGUUACCACACAGCUGGCAAGCCCAGCGGUUAAGGGUGGCAUAGCUGUUGUCCUCAAGCAGCCCCGGGACAAUCACCCGUUCGAAAAGGGUCUCAAUGCCGUUAUUCAGGAUUGCAACACUCUUUCUGCUCUGGACGACAUAUUUUCUGCUGUCUCCUGCAAGUCUCUGAAUAUUCGGACCGACAUCACCAUCGUCGAUCUGUUGCCCUACAUAUAUGAUUACGUAGAAAAAAUGGAAGAGAGGCAAUUAAAGGAUUCAUUGAGUGAAUCGAUGCAAAUAAUUAUUAAUAAGGAGCCCUCCGUCUUGCUCUGUGCAGGGAAGAUAUGGCUACCGAAUCUGGAUAAAUCUGAUGAUUGGAAAAGGGAUGCCCGGAAACUUCAAAGCAUCGGUGUUGGGAAGAGGUUUGACAGUACUUCCAAAUUGCCCGUCGUAACGAGGAUCCAUCGUGCGGACGGGGAGUUAGUUGCUUUCAAUAGGUUAAAUGGCUUCCAUCCGAGCCAUGCGAUAAAUUAUCACCCGCAGCUCAGUAUUUUGAGGCAGCUUCAGAUCUUGAUAGGUGCUGAAACUUGUGGGAUGCUGAGAGGAGACUGUGAAGAGGAAGAAUGGAUGAGUGAGCUGAGAGAAAGUUGCCAGAAAGUAGGGCCAGAGUCACCAAGUCGAUCCCCUGGACCGCAGAGCCCGAGAGAAAGAUCAAUCAAGUAUUUGCCAUACUACCAAGAGCUCUACUCUGACAAAUUGGAUAAGAUACAUAAAUGUGCUCAGCUUCUUAUUUCACAACCAAUGCUGGCAAUGGUCUCAUCCACCGCGCUCUACAAACCCCUGCUCACUAGUGGUUUAAGCCAAAUUUGCAACGAUGCGACUCUCAUCUUGCGCCAAAUGUUUUGCCUUAAGUGCAAAGGCUGGCCCGAACAUGCAGCCCAGGAGAACAAGGACGCACUAAGGAGAACACGUAUUGAUACAUUUACAUUCACUGAUGAUCUGUUUAAAAUCACUGAGCCUGGCGAAGACACGCAAUUCGCGAAGAUCAUCCGAGAAGGAGGUUGGGACGCAUUUCUCAAAAUUGCUAUUAAUAUCGAGACACUACUCAUGGAUCUUCUAGUAGAAGAUGAGAAAGCGCUUUAUGCUAUGGGGCAGGAAGAACUUUUAUUGAGUAAGAUGGAGAGGAUGAAAUUGGCCUCGGCGAUCAAUUGA